AAAGUAACCUUCAAAGUAAACAAAUAUUAUUGUUUACCUGUUUAGUCAAAAAUAUAUAAAUAUAAUUAGUUAUAAUAAUAUAUAUCAAUUUGAAUAACAAUAAUUACGGUUGUUAGUAUAAAUAUGUGUAACUUUUAAGUGAAUGACAAAUAAUUAGUGUAGAUAUGAAUAUCUAUUUGAAAUUAAUAAUUAGUGGAUUUAAUUAGACGAAGUAGAUUUUAUUUUUAAAAAAAUAUAAAAUGGCUGGAGUUGUUCCAAUGACGGGGAAACCAUUUAGGAAACAAUGGUUCUUACGUGACGGACCACGAGGGUCACUACGAGGACUGCGUUCCCAGUUGGCCGAAGACGGCUGCGCUGAGUCCCAAGUAGUCUUGGCAAAGAAGCUGCUGGAAGAGCACUGUGACCUAGAUGUCGAUACGGAAGAGAACGCGAAGCUGGCAGUCUACUGGCUGACCAAAGCCUCAGAGCAGGGAAACCUGGAGGCGACGAAACUUCUGCACCAGUGUUUCACCAGCGGGCAUGGAAUAACUGAGCACAAUUACCAUGACGCCAAGCGAUGCCUGGACAUGUCUCAGCAAGAGAAGCUAGCUAGACACGCAGCCCGCGCUCUCUUCACGACCCUCGCCAACGGGGAAGACUACAUAACCUCCGAGCAACUCCUUCGGCAGCUAACGACAAUCCAGUCCCACUUAGAGACGCGUUCCCUCGAGUACCCGGACUCGGAACUAGAGAAAAUAACCGAGUCAGUCUUAGUCUCUGCAGCCUCAAGUUACUCCCGUGGUCUCUUGCCCUCCCUGGCCCUCAACAGUCAGCUGGCUCUUAAUUCCUCCCAGAUCUGCGACUCUCCACUUCUUCAGCGAGUAUUCACCCACCCCUGGAGCUCAACCAAGUGCUUCUACCACUGGCUGCUGUCAUACUUGACCCAGAAAUGCUCCCUAUCAGCCCUGACAUCUAGAACGUUUACCCUCCUCCUGGUCCUGACUUACUGCCUCUUCGGAACCGAGUCCCUAGUCCUUUUCAUCCCCAUGGCCACUUACUACCUCUCCUUCAUCAUAAUGGUGAUCGCAACCUUCCAGAUGCUUCACACCACCACCCAAUUAUCGACUUUCAGGACCUGGUCCAACCUCUUCAUCAGCUACAACGAGCGACUCAACCCCCAGGAAGCCGAGUACCAAUUCUGCCGUAACAACCUCAAGCCCUACGGUCACUUCUUCCUAGCCCUGCUCCUCAAUCUCAUGAUCUAUCCAGUCAUAGCCCACCAAUGGACACCUCAGUCAGAAUUUACAGUCAUCGCGUUCACCCUGACCUUGAUAACCCUCGUAAACUUCUCUACCCGUCAGGCUCGAUGGCCAGAUCUUUUGGUUCUCUUUAGUUUCGCGGUCCACGUGCUGGCAAAGUAUCCCUACGAAAUGGACAUCGUGGUAGCCCAGACCUGGCGGUUCCUUGACAUCCGUGUCCCCACGUUCGCUUCGUACGUCGUAGGAAACUCGAUCGAAUUCUGCCUCAACUUCCGCGCGGUCUUCUAUCUUCUAAUUCCCGCGAUAUUUUUGAAACUCGCGGCCCGCGAUGGCUGGAAGGGGACCUACCAAUUACUGAUUCCGCACUGCGUUACCUUGAGCUGGUGGCAAAUCGCGAUACUGAGUAGCCAAGGGGCGACUUGGUACGGGCUGAUUCGCGCAGCAUUGGCCCUAGUGGGAAUGGUCUUUUUCCUGCCAAUUGUAGGAAUCGCUUCCGUUCUCUUGCCAGUCAUAGCCCUCACGAAAUACCUUGCGGAUAACGAUAUGCGAAUGCGCGUCGUAACGGCUCUUCUAGGCGGCGCUCCGUUCUUCGUUUCCUGGUACCUUAGAAGAUUCAAUUGGCUGAACAAAGUCCAGGUCAUUGCAAGCUGUCUAGCCGCGACUUUUCUCAUCUGGCAAGGCCUCGCAACCUUUUCAGGCGACCAAGUUGACGAGUAUCCGGAAGAAGGAUUGACUUGGGAAAUGUAUCAGAAUUACUGCCACCAGCCGGUUUGGGAAGAAGUCCCCAAGGUCCAGGUCCAGGUCGCCUGCGACGAGUUGACCAACUUGCCCGUCCACUGGGAGGGUUACGUUACGGACAUAAAGCUCAAAAGAGUCCACAAUAAUCUCAGGGACUUGAUUUUCCUGAUCCCUGAUGACUUGGGCCGGAAGCUCAUGUGCCUCUUUGGUGACAGGACCGGAGGCUGCGAAUCUCUAGAGGGCGCGAGGCGGAAAAAUUGCGAACUGCUCAGCAAAUUGAGGGCCAGGGACUCCUGCCAUGUCGACAAAUGGAAUCGGUUCGAGUUUGAGAUCUACGUCAAGAUGAAAAAUGGACUCUGGGGAAGUAACGCCGAGAUCGUGUUGCUUGCGGGCCAUGAGUUUAAAAACUUCAGUUUGAAUAUUUAUCCUGGGGACAAGGUUAAGUUUAGGGGCAGGUUGGUCAAUAGGGGGGAGAGGGAAAGUUUGUUAGGAGGAAUGAGACCACAUGUUUGGUUAGAUGAAAUCCAAUGUCUACUUUGCCAUGUGAGUGAUUUGAAAUCUUGCAGGAGAGAGGGCGUAAGAGUAGGAAUUGGUGAUCUACUGGGAAUUUUUAUCACGGGAGUCAAGACUGUACUUAAUUUUGUAUUAAAUCCUUUGGUUAUUUUUAAAUAGUAAAAAAAUGACCGCGGAGUAGAAAAUGGCGGUUAAAAUUUUUUAUUUUAAACUGUAAAUUUUAAUUACAACUGUAAUUAACUUAAGAUGUUGAUUAUAAAAAUUGCCAUGUGAAAAAAAAAUUUUUUUUUUUCUGUAGAAUUGAAAAAAAUUGUAAUUGUAAUUGUAUAAAUAAUUGUAAUUAAUAACUGUACUAAUUGAUCUAGUAUUCGAUGUGCCUUU